CUCCCUCCCUCUCUCUCUCUCUCUGUCUCCCUGUCUCUCUGUCUCUGUCUAUGCCUGUCUGUGAUUCAGAAUCUUCGAGAAACCUUUACAAGCGACAUCAGCAACUCUUCUUACACUUGGGACGAAAUGAGUCAGGCUACUCCGGUGCGGAUAGUCCUUCCAUAUCGCGAACAACCUUUUCAAAAGCCUACAGCAAUCAUCAACGCUUUCUUUACAUGGCGAGGUAUUCAACCCCGAGAAGACUACUAUACACAUAUAUGCAGUGAUCCUCGAUCUUCUCGGUUAUAUCUCGUUCUCGAUCUCCACUGCAAAACACAUCCAAAUGUCGAUCUUAACAAGUUAGACCUCGAAGUCUUCAAAGUCUCAGGAAUUGAUUCAUUGAUCUCGGAGAGGUAGCUCGCACGCAGGUUCACCAACGAUCUGCUUCUCUGGAUUGGGGGGAAGGCAACCACUCUAGUCAGAGGAAUUAGUCGGUGUUGUACCAGCACAGGGAGGACAGGAUCCCGCUGUAUUCGUGUCUUGCGCAUCGAGAACCAACGGGAGGUCUCUCAGAAACCCUGAGGGAGGUACGCAUGGGUCAUUUGCAUUGCUUCUUGCGGGUGUACAAAAGAUAAUGUGAUCUCGAUUCAUGUGUUUGGGAACACGGGUACAAGCUGCAGAGGACCUUCACACGAAGCGGAUCGUGAUGCGAGAGACGUAGUCUUGAAAGGGAAGGCGGCUCGAAGAGGAGACAAUCUGUAUUUAUAGAAUUAAUGGUCUGUUCUACAGCUCUAAACACCAUUCAAAAAGAUAACUUACUUCGUCCUUGGUUAUAAUAGUUGCGGGCUAAAGGGGCAGCGCGAUCGACGGAAUAAUUAAGAGGUUCAGCCCAUGGAACACGAAGGCUUCCGCGGGUCUGUUUGAUCGAAUUUGUGAUGGUAUGAUACUGCUUCUUCGAUGAGGGGGCAACGGAAGUGGAUAUUGCCCCUACGGUAAGACUCGCGUAGUUCAGAA